AUGCGUGACGCAGAAAAAGAAAUGAAUAAUCUUACCGGUUACAUGAUGACGCAUUUUAAACACCAAAUGGAACAUUCUAAAUAUUUGUGGCCUAAAAACUAUAAUUAUGAUUCAUACGAUGCCGAACUAAAUAGCUUACACCCAAAUUCAGCAUUUGAAAAGGUAACAGAAGCAUGUACAUAUCUCAGCACGAUGUCUGAAAGCAAACUGAACUUUAAUCUGGAUAUUGAUUCAACCUUAUAUAUCAAUAACGUGGUGGAAGACACUAUAUUUAUAAAUACUUUGGUUACGAGUUUCGGAGGUUUACACGGCAGUCGGUUUCUUCUAAGUGAAUUAAAUAGUUCAAUAAAUGCAGCUAAGAAUCCUGCGUCAUCGCUUUCCGAUUGGAUCCAUUCACUUCAUGAUGUCCAUUAUUAUUUUUUGCGCAUUGUGAAAACUAUAAUGUUACGUGUAUGGUGGGCAUUUUUAAAGAAUUUGAAAACGAUGAAAAACUAUCAGUCAGCGGAACAAUUGGAAACACUAUUAUACAAACAACAUUUGAAUGAUUUUGUUAGCUUGCUUAAAUUACACAAGAAAGACGAUUUCAUGAAACUCCUUAAUUUAAACGAGGAGGAGGAUGAGGAGGAUUUUAGAGAACUCCCUUACGACACUUUACCGCGGUCUUCUUGUAAAACUGAAAGGAAAAUGAGAAAGAUUUUACGAUUACUGACUAAAUACGAAAAAGAGAAUGCCAGAUUCGUUUUUGAAAUCGACGAACCUGUGAUCCUAAAAAAACAGCUUUGGAUAGCGGUUUACGGUUCUACGUUGUAUGUGCAGUUCAAAAACGAUGAAAUUUCUAUAAUAGAAGAGUAUUUAGUAAAGAAUGAAGGCGACAAUACUUAUGAAGUUUUGGAGCGGUAUAAUGUGUUGAAAAUUAAACAUGAAAAUGAUGAAACUGAAGAACCUAAACCGUUAGAUGUGCAGUUCAUAAAGAAUGAAAUUUCUACAACAGAGGAGUAUUUGGUAAAAAAUGAAGUGGACAAUACUUAUGAUAUUCAUUUUCCGUGUAAAGCGACCAAUACCUCAAGUAAUACAAAGAAAAUCAAUCAUCGAAACAGCAGAACCAUAGGGUCUACUCGAAACAAAGAUGGCCUAUUUAAUUGUGGUGUUUGUUUAAAAAGUGUUUCGUCAAUAUCAAGCUUGAGAAGACAUUGUCGUAUUACUCAUACGGACGUAAAACCCUUUAAAUGCGAUGUUUGUGAAAAAACAUUCAGUCUACUGCAUCAUCUUAAGACUCAUGAAAGGAAACAUACCGGUGAAAAGCCAUUUAAAUGUAAUGUCUGUAAAAAAACAUUUGGUGAUCAGUCUUCCUUUAAAAGACAUGAAAGGGUACAUACCGGAGAGAAGCUUGUUAGAUGCAAUGUCUGUGAAAAAACAUUUGGUUAUCAGACUAACCUCAAAACUCAUGAAAGGAUACACACUGGCGAGAAACCUUUUAAACGCAAAGUGUGUGCAAAAUCAUUCAGUCAUCAGGCAAACCUCAAAAGACAUGAAAGGAUACAUACCGGCGAGAACCCUAUAAAUGCGAUGUCUGUGAAAAAACAUUUGGUGAUCAGUCUUCCUUUAAAAGACAUGAAAGGGUACAUACCGGAAAGAAACCUUUUAUAUGCGAUGUCUGUGAACAAUCGUUUCGUUGCCAAUAUACUCUCAAAAGACAUCAAGCAAAAGCACACGGCUCAUAAACCUCGCGUGACUAUUUGGCAGUUUUAAAAUAGUUUUUUAAUAUAUAUCUGUUAUUUGAAAUUUUUUUUUUCACUUACGAUUUAAUUUAGAUUUAUCAUGAAUUAUUUAGUUUUUAUAUUUGUAUAAUGUAAUUUUUAAAUUGCAUAAU